AUGGCCGAGCGCAAAACCCUCCAGAAGUACUAUCCCGCCGACUUUGACCCAGCAAAGCUAGUGCGCUCAAAGAAAUCUUCAACUCCCAGCCGCACCGUCGUAAACUUCGCCUGCCCCUUCCGCAGCAUGCGCUGCCUCUCCUGUGGCCACUACACCACCAAAGGCAAAGUCUUCCGCAACAGCCCCAAACACAUCUCGCCUGAAACAUACCUCGGCGUGAGGAUCGUUACGCUGCACUGCAAAUGUCCUGGCUGUGCCGCACAAAUCAUCAUCGAAACCGACCCCAAAAACAUGGACUACAGAAUCGUGAGUGGGGCGGUUAGGGGAUUUGAGACUUGGAGAGAUGAUGAGCGCGCUGAAGAUACUGAAGAGCAGCGCUUGAAUCGUCUUGAAGCUAAGGGGCUUAACGGAGACGAUGAGAAAGCGACGUUGGAGACGCUGGAACUGAAGAUUGAGGAUGCGAGGGUUGAGGUCGCUGUUGCGGAUGCGUUGGAUGAGAUCAGAGCGGCGAAUGCACGGAGAGAGGGCUUUGGUAAGGAGUGUAGUCUGGCUACUCUUGCGCUAUCGAGGGAAGUUGAGGAUGCGGAAGAUGCUGAGAUUGCGCGGGCUGUUUUUAGGGGGACGAAAAGAUGUUCACCGGAUCUUGAAUCGAGUGGAGAGUCGCUGAAUGUGGAGUUCGCGAGGGCUAGGCCGGUGAAGAAGGCGAAGAAGGAUUUUGCGAAGACGUUGGGGAUUAGGAGGAAGAUCGAUGUCUAA